UCUGGCGUGGGGGAGGAACAUGGAACACGACCAUCCAGAUGGGCACAAAGAUAUUUGUUUAGGAUGCCCAUCAACAAGAAUGGCAGGAACAACAGCCACCUGCUCCCUAGCCCUGAGGACUCUUUCUACGAAUUGCUGCUACUGGCUUAUGCUACUUUUCACAUAUCACCUCCUGAAACCUCUUGGCAUCCGGUUGGCUGCAGCAGCUGAAAAUAUCACCAUUGACGUGAGGGUUGAUCCCGAUGACCCCGACAUUGGAUGGGAGGUGGCAUUAAUUCCAGCUGGAGUGAGGAGCAACCUCCUGGCCUGCCACUGGUAUCGAGGGGAGACCGAUAACUUUUUGGAGAUCUUAGCUUACGAUCCCAAGAAAAAUUCAGUGGUCUACGGCCCCGCUACCCGGCAACGAGAGCGUGUCAGGCCCGAUUGUACUCUACUCAUCAGAGACGUUAUAAUCACCGACUCUGACUUCUAUGCUGUUUACAAGCGUAGUGCUAACCAAUCUGAAGUGGGAACCACGCCCUUAAUAGUCAGAGACAGAAGUUACUACGCCGUGGAGCGAACAACGUUGUCUCCAUUAGCCAUCUUAGGGAUCAUAGUUUCCAGUGGCACUGGCUUUGCCUUCAUUCUGUCGCUGGUGCUUUACCGGACCGUGGGCCGUGUUAAAAGGCCUGCACGUGCUACAGAAGUGAUGGGAAGUGAGCAGAUUUCCCAAGUCAAGAUAGAGAGCCAGAUUGGAAGCCAACAGAGAUUAAGUGUUCCAAACAUUCAACCUGGGGCAGAGAGUCAGCUGAGUGCCCUCAACACCAGGCCUCUAUAACGAAGAAGAAAAUCAAGAUUACUCUAGCCUGGAAUCCUGGUGACAUCCUAGUCUAAACAUCAGCCCCCAGCCCCAGAGACCACCUGCUCAUCUCCCUCCCCCCACAGCCAAGAGAGACGCCAUCUACAGGGAGCUAACCACAAAUAUUGAGGGACUUCCUGGUGACUCCAAAAGUCAACAUUGCUCAUAAUCCUCCAGAGUCCUCGGGAGCAAAGGAAUCCAUCACCCGUACUGAUGAAAUAAAAGACCUCAGUGCCCAAA